CGCGCCGGCCAUGUCCGUGCUGUACGUGUCCCCGCACCCGGAGUCCUUCCCCAGCCUCCAGGCCCUCAUCGCCGCCCGCUAUGGGGGCGCCGAGCCCCGCGUCUGCCCGCGGCCACCGCCCCCCGGCCCGCGCUUCCCCCUGCCCGGCCUGCCGGCCCUGGAGCUGGGCCCGGAACUGGGCGUGAGCGGGGGCUCCGCCGUGGCCCGACUGCUGUGGCCCGGCGGGCUCGGGGGGCCCGGCGGCGGGCGGGCGGCCGCUCUGGUCCAGCAGUGGAUCAACUACGCCGACGGGGAGCUGGUGCCCGCCGCCUGCGCCGCCGCACUGCCCGCUCUGGGGCCGGCCCGGCCCGGAGGAGACCCCCAGGCCGCGAUGGCAGCCCUGGGCCGGGCGCUGGCCCCACUGGAGGACCACCUGCGGCUGCGCGCCUUCCUGGUGGGAGAGGACCCCACCCUGGCAGACCUGGCCGCCGCCACUGCCCUGCUCCUGCCCUUCAAACACGUUCUGGACCCCAAGGCGCGCUCAUCCCUGCCCAACGUGACCCGCUGGUUCCUGGCGUGCGUCCGCCAGCCCCAGUUCCAGGCGGUGCUGGGGGAGGUGGGGCUGUGCCCGGGAAUCCGGCCCUUUCCCGCUCCGCUGCCCCAGCCGGGGGCCGGAGGCCCCCAGGCCCCCGCGCCCCCAAAGACGCCCGCGCAGCUGAAAAAGGAGGCCAAGAAGCGGGAGAAACUGGAGAAGUUUCAGCAGAAGCAGGAGAAGAACCGCCAGCAGCAGCCACCACCGGGGGAGAAGAAGCCCAAGGCCGAGAAGAAAGAGAAGCGUGACCCCGGGGUCGUCACCUAUGACCUCCCGACCCGGCCCGGGGACAAGAAAGAUGUCAGCGGGCCGAUGCCCGACUCGUACAGCCCCCAGUACGUGGAGGCCGCCUGGUACCCCUGGUGGGAGAGUCAGGGCUUCUUCAAACCUGAGUACGGGCGGUCCAGCGUGGCGGAGCCGAACCCCCGGGGCGUGUUCAUGAUGUGCAUCCCGCCGCCCAACGUCACGGGCUCGCUGCACCUCGGCCACGCCCUCACCAACGCCAUCCAGGACGCUCUCACGCGCUGGCACCGGAUGCGCGGGGAGACGACGCUGUGGAACCCGGGCUGCGACCACGCAGGCAUCGCCACCCAGGUGGUGGUGGAGAAGAAGCUGUGGAGGGAGCGCGGGCUCAGCCGCCACCAGGUCGGGCGGGAGGCCUUCCUACGUGAGGUCUGGAAGUGGAAGGACGAGAAGGGGGACCGCAUCUACCACCAGCUGAAGAAACUGGGAAGCUCCCUGGACUGGGACCGUGCCUGCUUCACCAUGGACCCCAAACUGUCGCGGGCCGUGACGGAGGCCUUCGUCCGUCUACACGACACCGGCGUCAUCUACCGCAGCACGCGCCUCGUCAACUGGUCCUGCAGCCUCAACUCCGCUAUCUCCGACAUUGAGGUGGAGAAGAAGGAGCUUAGCGGCCGCACGUUGCUCUCUGUGCCCGGCUACAAGGAUAAAGUCCAGUUUGGGGUUCUCGUCUCCUUCGCCUACAAGGUCGCCGGCUCAGACAGCGACGAGGAGGUGGUGGUGGCCACAACACGGAUCGAGACCAUGCUGGGCGACACGGCCGUCGCCGUCCACCCCAAGGACCCCAGAUACCAGCACCUGCGGGGCAAGUCCGUGCUGCACCCCUUCGUCCAGCGCACCCUGCCCAUUGUCUUCGACGAUUUUGUGGACAUGGAGUUUGGCACAGGUGCGGUGAAGAUCACCCCGGCCCACGACCAGAACGAUUACGAGGUUGGGCAGCGGCACAGGCUGGAGGCCGUGACCAUCAUGGACCACAGAGGGAACCUCAUCAAUGUGCCUCCCCCGUUCCUGGGGCUGCCACGGUUUGAGGCCCGCAAUAUGGUGCUGGAGGCGCUCAAGGAGCGCGGACUCUUCCGGGCCAUCAAGGACAACCCCAUGGUGGUCCCCUUCUGCACACGGUCGAAGGACGUGGUGGAGCCGCUGCUGAAGCCGCAGUGGUACGUGCGGUGCGGGGACAUGGCACGGGCCGCUUCCGCCGCCGUGGCCCGCGGGGACCUGCGCAUCCUGCCCGAGGCCCACGUCCGCACUUGGAACGCUUGGAUGGACAACAUCCGGGACUGGUGCAUCUCACGGCAGCUGUGGUGGGGCCACCGCAUCCCGGCGUACUUCGUGACCGUUGACGACCCCAGUGUCCCGCCUGGGCAGGACCCAGACGGACGAUACUGGGUGAGCGGGCGCAGCGAGCAGGAGGCGAGGGAGAAGGCAGCCCGGCAGUUUGGAGUCGCCCCGGAGAAGGUCGUCCUCCGACAGGACGACGACGUCUUGGACACCUGGUUCUCCUCCGGCAUCUUCCCCCUGUCCAUCUUCGGCUGGCCAGAGCCGACGGAGGACCUGGCCGUGUUCUACCCCGGGACCCUGCUGGAGACCGGCCACGACAUCCUCUUCUUCUGGGUGGCCCGCAUGGUCAUGCUCGGCCUGCAGCUAACCGGACGGCUGCCCUUCCGAGAGGUAUACCUCCAUGCCGUCAUUCGCGAUGCUCACGGACGGAAGAUGAGCAAAUCCCUGGGCAACGUCAUCGACCCUCUAGACGUCAUCUCCGGCGUCUCCCUCGAGGGCCUCCACGCCCAGCUCGCCAACAGCAACCUGGAUCCCGCCGAGAUGGAGCGAGCCAAGGCGGGGCAGAAGGCAGAUUUUCCGUCCGGAAUCCCCGAGUGCGGCACCGACGCCCUCCGCUUCGGGCUGUGCGCUUACACGGCUCAAGGCCGAGACAUCAACCUGGACGUGAGCCGGAUCCUGGGCUACCGCCACUUCUGCAACAAGCUCUGGAACGCCACCAAGUUCGCCCUGCGCGGUCUGGGCGCGGAUUUCCGGCCGGCCCCCUCCCCGCAGCCUGGCGGGGCGGAGAGCCUGGCCGACCGCUGGAUCCUCAGCCGGCUGGCGGAGGCCGUGGAGCAGAGCCACCGGGGCUUCCGGGACUACGACUUCCCCGGCGUCACCACCGCUCAGUACAGCUUCUGGCUCUACGAGCUGUGCGACGUCUACCUGGAGUGUGUGAAGCCGGUGCUGGCGGCCGGGGCGGAGGACGCCGGGACGCCGGCGGAGGCGGCGGCGGCGGUGGUCCGGCAGACGCUCUACACCUGCCUGGACGUGGGGCUGCGCCUGCUCAGCCCGUUCAUGCCCUUCGUGACGGAGGAGCUGUUCCAGCGUCUGCCCCGCCGUGGGCCCGCCGCCCCGCCCAGCCUCUGCGUCACCCCCUACCCCGAUCCCGACCAGUGCUCCUGGAAGGACGCCGAGGCCGAGAGCACCUUCGAGCUGGUCCUGAGCAUCUCGCGGGCCGUCCGCUCCCUCCGCGCCGACUACAACCUCACACACAGCCGCCCCGACUGCUUCCUGGAGGUGACGGACGAGCCGACGCGCAGCCGGGCGGCCCGGGGGUGUGACUACGUGCGAGCCCUGGCCAGUGCGGGGUCGGUGCAGUUGCUGCCCCCCGGGGCCGCGGCCCCCCCGGGCUGCGCCGUGGGCCUGGCCUCGGACCGCUGCUCUGUCCACCUGCUGCUGUGGGGGCUGGUGGACCCCGCCCGCGAGCUGGCCAAGCUGCAGGGCCGGCGCGCCGAGGUGGAGCGCGGGGCCGAGAGGCUGCGGGAGCGGAGGGCCGCCCCCGGCUACGCCGCCAAGGUGCCCCCGCAGGUGCGCGAGGCCGACGCUGCCAAGCUGCUGCAGGCGGAGGCGGAGCUGAGGACGGUGGACCAGGCCAUCGCCGUGUUCCAGAAGAUGGUGUGAGACCCUGCUCCCGGAAGAGCAAUAAAAUGUUUUGGCAAAUAAAGCACCUCACGUGUGUGCACGUGUGUCAGAGCGGGGCCCCGGGGACGGCCGGGGACGGGGAGGGGGCCGUG